UAAACCGCAUAAUCUAGGUGUGUGAGCGUUGGUGCCUAUUUUUCAUUGCCGAUUUACAUUCCGAUAUUAUUAAGUACUUUAUUGUUCGUUUUUCUAUUGCACGAUGGCUGAUAUACUCAUAAGAAGGCGUGGUUCGAUGAAGGCGAAGCUCACUAAUUUCAGUAAAUAUCUCAGUGUUCUCGAAAGUAAUGAUGAGUUGUCUGACUUGCAAGUGCUUGACCUUGAAAGUCGACUUAGCAAAUUUGAAAAACUAUAUGGUGAAUUCGAUACAUUGCAGACCGAGAUUGAGCUGUUAUCCGAUAAUCCAGACGACGCUCAUGCUGAUCGCUUCAAAUUUGAAGAAAUGUACCAUAACUUGAUUGCCACGGCGCGGAAAGUCAUCACCACUGAGCAGGGGCAACGACGGCAGGAGCAGACUUCUGCAGGUUCCGUAUCAGGCUCCGAGGUGACAGGUGGGACGAGAAAUUUACAGCCAAUAAUGGGUCAACUUCCAAGUUCACGAAGUAAUCUUGAAUUUCCAUUCUUAAAUUCAAGUGUUGACUAUGCCGGGCCAAUACUGAUAGCUGACCGGAAGGGAAGGGGAUGCAAACUUGUAAAGUCUUACAUAUGUAUCUUUGUCUGCCUAGCCAUUAAGGCUGUUCACCUGGAGCUUGUCACGGACCUUACCAAGGAGGCAUACGUGGCCGCCUUAAAACGAUUCAUUGCGCGCCGUGGCAAGCCUCGCAGCAUUUUGUCUGAUAACGGAACAACCUUUGUCGGUUCUGAUAACCAACUUCGUGCUUUCUUGCAGAAUUCAAACCUUUCCUAUGACGUCGCGCAAGAAGGAAUUGAAUUCAACUUUGUGCCGGCCUACUCUCCUCAUUUCAACGGCGUAGCUGAAGCCGCCGUGCGAUCCACGAAACACCAUUUAAAGAGAUUACUCACUCUCACUCACUUCACAUAUGAAGAAAUGGCUACUUGUCUCACCCAAAUAGAGGCAAUUCUCAAUUCCCGACCACUUACUCCCUGCUCUCCUGAUCCACUUGAUUUUUGUGCCCUAACACCUUCCCACCUUUUAAUUGGAAGAUCACUCACGUCCGUUCCGCAUCCACAGAUGACUGACAGCGGAAACAUCAGUCGACUCGAGCGAUUCCAAAGGGUGGAAUACAUAAAGCAGCACUUUUGGAAAAGGUUUAACACUGAGUAUAUUUAUCUGCUGCAGCAAAAAACUAAGUGGUCGACGACAACGGGAGACAUCAAGGUGGGCAGCCUCGUCCUGGUAAAGGAUAAGGCGCUCCCACCUCUCUGCUGGCUACUGGGUCGCGUCGUACAAACGUACCCGGGGUCCGACGGUGUUGCAAGAGUUGCAGAGUUAAAAACUAAGAAGGGGACACUUCGGCGAGCCUUCAACAACAUCUGCCCGCUGCCACUCUCUUGA